CGCCCGCCGCCGUCCGGCUCCUGCUCGCCAACCGGUAGAGAUGGCGUCGCUCACCGUGAAGGCCUAUCUUCUGGGCAAGGAGGACGCGGCCCGCGAGAUCCGCCGCUUCAGCUUCUGCUUCAGCCCCGAGGCGGAGGCGGAGGCCGAGGCGGAGGCCGCGGCUGGGCCCGGGCCAUGCGAGCGGCUGCUGAGCCGGGUGGCCGCCCUGUUCCCGGUGCUGCGGCCUGGGGGCUUCCAGACGUACUACCGCGAUGAGGACGGAGACUUGGUGGCCUUUUCCAGUGAUGAGGAACUGACCAUGGCAAUGUCCUACGUGAAGGAUGACCUCUUCCGUAUUUAUAUCAAAGAGAAGAAGGAGUGUCGGCGGGACCACCGCCCCCCGUGUGCUCAGGAGGUGCCCCGCGGCCUGGUGUACCCCAGCGUGAUCUGUGACGGGUGCAAUGGGCCCGUGGUGGGGACCCGCUACAAGUGCAGCGUCUGCCCGGACUAUGACCUGUGCUCCGCCUGUGAGGGGAAGGGCCUGCACCGCGAGCACAGCAAGCUCGUCUUUCCCGGUCCCUUCGGGCCCCUUGCCGAGGGCGUCGCUCACAGCCGCUGGCUCCGGAAGCUGAAACACGGGCACUUCAUGUGGCCCGGCUGGGAGAUGGGCCCCCCGGGGAACUGGAGCCCGCGUCCUCCCCGCGCAGGGGACGCCCGCCCCAGCUCUGCGGCCGAAGCAGCUGCUGGUCCGUCGGAGGAUCCCAGUGUGAAUUUCCUCAAGAAUGUAGGGGAGAGUGUGGCGGCCGCCCUGAGCCCUCUGGGCAUCGAGGUGGAUAUUGACGUGGAACACGGUGGGAAGAGGAGCCGCCUCGCCCCCAUCUCUCCAGGCAGCUCCAACACCGAGGAGAAGUGCGGCUCCCAGCCGAGCAGCUGCUCUUCGGACCCCAGCAAGCCAGACGCGGACCCGGAAGGCACAGCACGGUCUCUGGCGGAGCAGAUGGACAAGGUGGCCCUGGAGUCGGUGCCGCCCGAGGAGCAGAUGGAGUCGGAUAACUGCUCGGGGGCAGACGAAGACUGGACUCACUUGUCUUCCAAAGAAGUGGACCCGUCUACGGGGGAGCUCCAGUCUCUACAGAUGCCCGAAUCCGAAGGGCCGGGCUCUCUCGACUCUUCUCAGGAAGGGCCCACAGGACUGAAGGAAGCUGCAUUGUACCCCCAUCUGCCACCAGAAGCUGACCCCCGGCUCAUUGAGUCCCUCUCCCACAUGCUGUCCAUGGGCUUCUCUGACGAAGGCGGCUGGCUCACCAGGCUCCUGCAGACCAAGAACUACGACAUCGGGGCGGCGCUGGACACCAUCCAGUAUUCGAAGCACCCGUUGUGAUGGCUUCUGCCCCCUUGUCCCAUCCCCUUCUUGUCCCCUAGUUGUGUUGAGCUAGUGUAGAACAGCAGGGCCCCUCUAAGGGCCAGUUUCUCUGCAUUCUUCUUCCAGAAUGGGGGGGGGCGGGGAUGCACCAAGCCACCCAGGGCAGUGGAACAAGUGACAGGAGGGGGGGUCCCCCGUAUGUGGCUGCCCCCGUAUGUGGCUGCCCCCUGUAUGUGGCUGCCCAUGUCAGAGAAGCAUCUGCUGGCUUCCAGGGGUGGACGCGGGGCCCAGUGGUGGUCUCCUCCUGCCCUCCCCCCACCAGGAUCACACCAGCAGUCCAGAAUGUCAUGCCUAAUGGCCUUGUUUUUUUUUUUUUUUUUAAAUGACUAAUAGUAGGCUGACAUGUAGUUGAUUUUCUGCUAGAAAACCGAUCAGCUCCAAGUUUAGAGUGAGUACAGCUGACAUCCUGCUGGGUGGGAGAGGAGCGAGGACAGGGCAGUCCGGGACUGGGCUUCUUGAAUCUGCAAAGGAGGAGGGGCUGAGAGGGGAGGGAGGCCAGAGCUCACAGAAUACUGCCUGUUCCAUAACCACUCUAGUUCCCUCAUUUCCAGACGCGUCUGUUGCUUUUACAGUAAGAAAACCCCAUUGUAACCAUUCUGUUGCUAUUUUGCAAUCAGUAAUUAAAUGGUAUAAGCACUUUAAUCAAAGAUGUUAUAACCACA